AUGGAAACAUGGCGAGCGGAGGACAAGGAGCUGCUGGUCCGUGCCGAGCGCCAACUGAAGCAGAUCGAGGCGCAGGCAGACAAGGCGGAGGUGACGCUGGAUUCCCGAAGGGAAUUGAUCGGCUGCAUCCUCCAUGCUGCCCUGGAGGGGGCAGCCAGCGGCAACGAGGAAGAUUUAGAGAAGUUGGAGCAGGCCAUCGAGGGCGCGCAGAAGCUCGGGGCCCACGCCGAGCUGCGCGUGCGAGGCAGGCAUGUGCUGUCGAAGUGGCGGCGAAAGAAUGGCCGGGCCGAGCGUGCGGAGGUGGAGAUGGCGCGGCUCAGCCGCCAGCUCUCGGAGAUCUCGGCGCAGCUGCGGGCCUUGCCGCCGGACCUCGCGGGGCACUCGACCUCUACGACGUGUUCAGAGGGUGCGCACGAGGCGAGUGUGCGCCAAAGACAGGAGGCGACUCUGAAACAACUCCGCCGGGCCAUCUCGGAGGCGGAGCUGGCUGGGGUCCCUCUUGAGGCCGUGGCGGAUGCCCGGGAUGUGGCCGAGAGUGUGGAGGAGCAGCGGAAGGUUGAGCGGUCCACCGCCAAGAAGCUGGAAGGUCUGAUAGCGAUGCAAGAUGCCAGCCAGUUGAAGGAGAUCCUCCUGGAGCAGAAGGACUUGGCGGGGGCCGAGACCCGGCAGCGGCUCGGGGAGGUCGCGGAGCACCUCAUCAGGCAAGCCGAGAAGGAGCAGCAGCAGUCCUGGUGCCCCGUUCGAUUCGAUUUGCCGCGGUCGAUUCGUGGAUGGCGACCCAAGACUGCGUUUUUUUUCUUCUCCCAGCCAGGGAUGUCAGCGAGAGCUUAA